CGACGCUCUAAGGAGAGAAAUCAUGCCCAUGCAAGAAGGAUCGGCCCACCGUUUCUGGUCUACCCGGUAUUGACAUCUAUCCCUUUACGUGCAUGGUUGCGGCGUAGUCUCCCCACGCGGAUCUGGAACCGUCUCAUGCUGGUGAUCUAUGGCUGGGAAUUCCAUGAAAAGCGUCGCCCGUUCGAUGAAUAUGCAGCCCCGCAAGGCGACGAUAGGUCAUCGCUUCGGAGGUUCUGCAACAUACGGGCGAAGCAGCCCAAGGUUGUCACGAAGAGUGUAAUUGAGGCAGCCGUAUGUCACACUACGGGUAUGCUGGAUGAGCUUCUUCUCGCUGCUUCCGAGAAGGAGCGGGGCUUCGCGGAGUCUAAUGAGUUACUUGAUAUGACCAAGCGGGUGAUAAUUCAUAUGCUAUAG